AUUUUUGUGCUGCACACGGUUGUUUUUAUACUUAUUCAGCAUUGACAGGCGGUAUGGAUCGAAAAAGUUCAGUCAACGUAUUGCCGAAGAACUUUGCAAACGGUUCUGUUGAAGAGCGUAUUGUAGAAAAAGUAAUGGACAGUCGUGUGGUAAACGGACGCCGCCAGUACAAAAUUAAGUGGGCUGGCUUUGGGGACUCGUAUAUUUCGUGGGAGCCCGUGGAGCGCAUCAAUGCUACGCUCUUGCUGGCACAGUACGAAGCCGGCUUGCACGUCAAUGAGCAAGCGCUUCAAGGGUCGACUCAAGGCACGGGACAGGGUUCCGGCAGUGAUGCCAAGCCAAGCGGUACCCACGCCAAUUCUGUUCAUAAGGGCAACAAUAGCCGACUUUUCUUUAACAUCAAGAAACGUGCAAUGCCGGUGGGAAUUGAGCGCGGCUGGAAAUUGAAAGAAGUUGUUGGGAAAGUCAUAAUGUGGGGGGAAACAUUUUAUUUUGUUUGGUGGGAGGGCGUUGAUGAGCCCGAAACUGUUCGACGUGAGGAUAUCAUUGACCUCUAUCCAGAGUUGUUGAUCAAAUUUUAUGAGGGCCUAAAAAUAUGUGACGAGUGAGCGUCAGCGAAAAUGAACUUCCUAACCUCGCUUAAAUUUACAUACAUUUAAAAAAACACCUUGAUUUAAACGAGUUAAACAUUAAUCAAUAAUAAAAACUAAUGUUUAAUUUA